UUGACACUGUUAGGAAUAGUUUAAGUCCUUUUAUUUAUAACCUGCUUCUGGUCUUUUCUGUUCCUUCUUUUACAGCUAUCAUUGCAGGAAUUUUACAUUGGUACCAUAUAUCUAGUCUUUUUGAAAAUAAUCGACAUUUCUCUCACCUUUCAACGCUAGAAAGGGAAAUGGCUUUUCGCACAGAGAUGGGCUUGUAUUAUUCUUUCUUUAAGACCAUCAUUGAAGCACCUUCAUAUUGUGAAGGUUUAAGUAACAUAAUGAAUGAUCGGUUGACUGAAUAUCCUUUGGUUAUCAACACCUUGAAGCGAUUCAACCUUUAUCCAGAGGUAGUACUUGGCAGCUGGUAUCGUAUUUAUAUCGCUGUUGCAGACUUCCUUGGCAUUUCAACGAAAAUAUGUUGGCGUGUGGACCGAGGUAAGGGCUUCAGCCCUGUGGAGAGUUGUGAAGGAAUGGGAGACCCUGCCUACUUUUAUGUAACAUUUGUUUUUAUUUUAAAUGGGCUCAUGAUGUCACUAUUUUUCCUCUACGGAACGUACUUGAGGUAAGAAGAUACUGCAGUACAGUUUAAAAAGUGACCAUACUGCAAGAUGGUUUGCAAGUGGGAUUUACAUGUUUUUAUUUGUACUGCAAGGCUGGAGUGACACAAGUCAUCUAAAAAUGAACCAAUAUCUAGGGGCCUUAUGGGCCCAGGCUUUCAAAUGGUCAAUAAGAGCCUUUGAAAGCUUCCUAAAAAUUCUUGUUAAUAAAUAUCUACAGGCAUUAAAUGUACAGAAAA